UACCGAGCUCCUGCCACCUUCUUCCUCUCUCUCUCUGUCUCUCUCCCUCCCUUUCUUUCUGCUCUCUCUGUCUCUCUCUUUUCCCUUUCCGUUUUCUUUAAAAAUUCUUCUCUUUUCUCCUAAAACCUUUUUCAGUGCAAAAAGUUGCAAAUUUUCUCCUUGAUUUUAUUUCCUUUUUCUGGCAAAAGAGAUUGCUUGGCGCUGGUGGUGCGCAAAAAGCCAACGUAAUAAUGUUUUCCAUCACCUGCUCUCCUCCUUCUUCUUCUUCGUAGAUCCCUCCAGUCCCCGCCAAUACUCCGCAUGGAUCCUGACGACUCGGAGACCCCCACCUCCGCCGCGGCGGUGGAGGCGGCGACAACGGCCGCCGCCGACGGCUCCUCACCGAAGGAGCCUCCCGUCCUCCUUCACGGCGACCUCGACCUCUGGAUCUUGGAGGCCCGCCGCCUUCCUAACAUGGACAUGUUAUCCGAGCAUCUCCGCCGCUGCUUCGCAGCCUGCCGCCCACCCUCCCCCGCCUCCUGCACCCGCUCCCGCCGGCCACCACGCCACCACCACCGCCACCCCAAGAUCAUCACCAGCGACUCCUACGUCACCGUCUCCCUCGCCGGCGCCACUGUCGCCCGCACCCGGGUCAUCCCCAAUUCCCAGGACCCUAAGUGGAACGAGCACUUCAAGAUCCCCCUCGCUCACCGCUCCCCCUUCAUCGUUUUCCAUGUCAAGGACAACGAUGUCUUCGGCGCCCAGGUCAUCGGCACCGUCUCCAUCCCCACUGCCCUCGUCGCCUCUGGCGACCUCGUCCGUGACUGGUACCCCGUCCUCGACCCCUCCGGCAAGCCCCCCAAGCCGGAGACCGCCCUCCUCGUCUCCCUCCAGUACAGGCCCGUCGACGGGAACCCCAUCUACGCCCAUGGCAUCGCUGGCGACCCCGAGAAGCUCGGCGUGAGGGACACCUACUUCCCGGUCCGAAAGGGUGGAUUGGUGACGCUCUACCAGGACGCCCAUGUGAGGGAGGGGGAGCUCCCUGAGAUCGAGCUGGAAAAAGGAAUGAACUUUGAGCACCAUAGGUGCUGGGAGGACAUCUGCCAUGCCAUUCUUGAGGCCCACCAUUUGAUCUAUAUCGUCGGUUGGUCGGUCUAUGACAAGGUGAAGCUGGUGAGGGAGCCGACCCGGCCGCUGCCGCCGGGGGUGGAGAAUUUCACAUUGGGGGAGCUUCUCAAGUACAAGUCACAAGAAGGGGUUCGGGUAUGCUUGCUAGUUUGGGACGAUAAGACUUCCCAUGAUAAAUUCUUUGUUAGAACGGGGGGAGUGAUGCAAACUCAUGAUGAAGAUACUCGAAAAUUUUUCAAGCAUUCUUCUGUCAUUUGUGUGCUGUCACCUCGUUAUGCCAGCAGCAAACUUAGCAUUUUCAAGCAGCAGGUUGUUGGGACCCUCUUUACACACCAUCAGAAAUGUUUAUUGGUUGAUACACAAGCUUCUCAAAAUAACAGAAAAAUCACUGCUUUCAUAGGAGGUCUUGAUCUUUGUGACGGCCGCUAUGAUACGCCGCAGCAUAGAAUUUUUUCUGAUCUUGACACAGUAUUUUUGAAUGACUUUCACAACCCCACAUUUGCUGAAGCCACAAAAGGCCCGAGACAGCCAUGGCAUGAUUUACACUGCAAAAUUGAAGGACCUGCUGCGUAUGAUAUUCUUACAAAUUUUGAGCAGCGCUGGCAGAAGGCAACAAAAUGGCGGGAGUUGGGGAAGCAUUUUAGAAAAAUAUCUCACUGGGGUGAUGAUGCACUAAUAAAGCUAGAACGCAUUUCAUGGAUACUGAGUCCUUCACCUACCGUGCCAAAUGACGAUCCAAGCCUUUGGGUUUCCAAGGAAGAAGACUCUGAAACUUGGCAUGUACAGGUUUUCCGAUCUAUAGACUCUGGAUCAGUUAAAGGAUUUCCCAGGGGUGUUCAUGAAGCUUUGGAGAAGAACCUUGUUUGUCGAAAGAAUCUGGUGAUUGAUAAGAGCAUCCAUACAGCAUAUGUAAAGGCAAUCAGAUCUGCACAACACUUUAUUUAUAUUGAAAAUCAGUAUUUUCUUGGUUCAUCUUAUGGUUGGACAUCCUACAAAAAUGCAGAUGCUGAUAAUUUGAUACCAAUGGAAUUAGCCUUAAAGGUUGCUAGCAAAAUUAGAGCUGGAGAGCGAUUUGCAGUCUACAUAGUUAUACCAAUGUGGCCAGAAGGAGUCCCAACUGCUUACUCGGUUCAAGAAAUUCUUUUUUGGCAGGGCCAGACUAUACAGAUGAUGUAUGAAAUCAUUGGACAGGAGCUCAAAUCCAUGAAUGUUGAAAAUGCACAUCCGCAGGAUUACCUGAAUUUCUACUGUCUUGGCAAGAGGGAAGAAUUGCUGAAGGACGACUUGCCAUCAGAUGAUCAACCUUCUGAAAAAAACGCAGCGGCCCUUUGCCAAAGAUAUCGACGGUUCAUGAUUUAUGUUCAUGCAAAAGGAAUGAUAGUAGAUGAUGAGUAUGUGAUUCUGGGUUCUGCCAAUAUCAAUCAGAGAUCUCUUGCUGGUUCAAGAGAUACUGAAAUAGCUAUGGGUGCAUACCAGCCCCAUCAUACAUGGGUUGAGAAAAAAAGACAUCCACAUGGCCAGGUAUAUGGAUAUAGGAUGUCACUAUGGGCUGAGCAUCUAGGCAUUGUAGAUGACCUCUACAAAGAGCCCAGCAGCCUGGAGUGUGUGAAAUUUGUGAAUAAGAUAGCCGAUGAGAACUGGGCGAGAUACGCUGCAGAGGAAGUGAGACCAUUAACAGGACACCUUCUCAAGUACCCAAUCAAGGUGGAAGUCGAUGGUAAGGUUGGUCCCCUGCCCAACCAAGAGUGCUUUCCUGAUGUUGGUGGUAAAAUUUUAGGAGCACCUACUUCUCUCCCUGAUACGUUGACAAUGUAGCAUCCCCCUGACUGAUCAGAACAUCAAAGAACAAAGGGGGGAAAACGGUUAUCCCUGUCUGAAGAAGAAAAGGUAAAAAAAAGGAUAAUGUGGUAUAUUCCCAAUCUAACCUAUUGUUCAGAAGCUAGGUACAAUAAGGUUUCUUUGAUAUUGGAAAUUCGGUAGUUUUCUAGCCCCCCUUGUUAUACGCUGUUGUGUGGGAAUGGAGUUUUGUUAGACUUAUUGCUUCUUUGCAUCCUUCCAAUGUAAUAUAUGCUUGUAAACUAUGAAAGGAUGCAAUUAAUAGAAUGAAUAUUGCAUUCAGUUUGUAAUCUUGAGUGCUAACUUUACUUCAGCCUUUCAAAGCUUACAUCGCUCACUUGAUAUGAAUUUCUUGUGAGGAUUAAUAAG